AUGAUGAAAGCUGCAUCUUCUUCAGUAAUUGCACUAGCAAACAGAAGAACUCGUCAUAGAAACUAUAACUCUGCCAAUUUUACAUCCCCAUCGAAGAAGAGUACCACCACUAGUUCUAGAUCUACACAAGUAUCUCGAGCAACUUUAAUUCCAACUCAUCAUAACAUCUCUGCUCAAGCUAUGAAGAAAUACAAUUCUGAUGAUCCUCUUCGAAGUAUUGUUGAGUCUCAAAUCGAUUGGGCCGAGGAGAAACUUAAUAAGUUUGCUGAGGCACCAACGGAGUUUCCUUUCAACAUUGAGGAUAAUCCGGGGCAGCGAACUUUAACAUUGACUAGGAACUAUCAAGGUGAGGAGAUCAAAGUCACAGUGCACGAGUUGUAUUAUUGUACCCCAAGAUACACCUUGAUUGGAAAUGUUUCAAGUGGACAAAAUUUGAGAUUCGAUGUUACGGCUGAUUCGAAAGAUGGAAUUAAAACCAACAGUUUUAAUUUAGUUACUGAUACGUCUGAAUCUGAUGAGAUUGAUUUCCCUUUUGGUUACGGUAGACCGCCACCUACUUUCUCGUAA